AAUCAGCGAUCUCGACAGUCCGACAUUCUUCCAAUGGCAAGAUAAUGGUGAUAAUGGGGCCGCUAUUCAAGGCGAAGAAAAAAACUGCUGCAUUUGUCGAUCGGCGUUGAAGUUUGCCGAUGGUCGCUAAGGACCGACAGCUGGAUGAGCAGAGGAAGCAGCGGCAGAGAAGGGUUCAGGUGGUCGCUUCAAGGAGACCGCUGUGAUGCUACGUAGGCAACUGAAAGAAAAGGGCUUUUCUACUAUGAGAGAGUGUGCGUGAGCAACAGAGGAGCCCUACCCUUCUCUUUUUUCUUCUUUUAAUUUCAUUUUUUUAUAUUUUGGUUGUCGUUUUGCUGUUUUGUUAGGAUACAGCGAGGAUUCACAGUGAGCUGGUGAAGUUUUGGGGAAUGGCAGGUCGAAGCCGAAGAGCAUGGUUUAGUGUUCUGCUGGGACUGGUGGUCGGGUUCACGCUGGCGUCCAGACUCAUCCUACCCAGGGCGACGGAGCUGAAGAAAGCGGGACACAAGCGAAAGGCAAACCCGUCCGGCUGUGGGUUGAACUGGGGUCACAGAGCGGAAUACAACGGGUUACUAUGGCCACUGCAAGAUAACGGGUCACCGGCGACCGAGAAACCUGGACCCAGGUCCAAUACUUUCCUGUUCGUUGGUGUCAUGACUGCACAGAAAUACCUGAACAGCCGAGCGGUGGCGGCUCACAGACCGGAGAGGACGUGGACCGAGGGUUCGGUUCACAGCCGCUUCAUACUGUGUAUUUAUUAGGUAGAUAGCA